GAGACCCGCCCAGCACACAGCCACGCCCACUUCCGUCCGUUUACUUCUCUUCCUGCUUUCUGCAAGAAGCUCAGGGCCAGUCUACUCGAGUCUACUCUUUUCUCCGACCGUGAAACUCACCUGUCUGUAGAUCUUGAGCCAUGGCCGAGCCACUGACGACACUGCCCGAGUGGAAGGAGCUGGAGACGCACUACAAGGAGGCCGCGGAAUGGCACAUGCGAGACAUGUUUAUCGACGACCCAGGUCGCUUCGGCAAGUUCUGCGUCUCUCUGAAGGGACAAGACGGAGAAAUUCUGCUUGAUUAUUCCAAGAAUAUUGUCUCCGAGAAGACCAUGAAGCUCCUCUUCAAACUGGCUCGCGCACGAGGUGUGGAGCAGAUGCGGGACCGAAUGUUCUCUGGCGACAAGAUCAACAUUACCGAGGACCGUGCAGUGCUCCACAUUGCUCUGAGGAAUCACUCCAACCGACCAAUCACAGUGGACGGUGCUGAUGUGAUGCCCGAAGUGAACCGAGUUCUUGCACAGAUGAGAAAAUUCACAGAGAGUGUCCGCAGUGGACAGUGGAAAGGCUACUCUGGGGAGACCAUCACUGAUGUCGUCAAUAUCGGCAUUGGAGGCUCCGAUCUGGGACCGUACAUGGUGACAGAGGCCCUGAAGCCAUACAGUAAAGGUGGCCCCAGAGUUCACUACGUCUCUAAUGUGGACGGAACGCAUCUCGCCAAGACUGUCGAGGGACUGAAACCACAGAGGACGCUGUUCGUUGUGGCAUCAAAGACCUUCACAACUCUUGAGACACUCACUAAUGCCAAUUCUGCCAAGAAGUGGCUCCUGGACUUGGCCAAAGAAGAGACGGCUGUGGCAAAGCACUUUGUGGCCCUCUCCACAAACGAGGCAAAAGUGACGGAGUUUGGAAUCGACAAAGCCAACAUGUUUGCUUUCUGGGACUGGGUAGGAGGGCGCUACUCCCUCUGGUCAGCCAUUGGUCUGUCGAUUGCCGUCAACAUCGGCAUGGACAACUUCGAGCAGCUGCUGGCUGGAGCUCACUUUGUGGUCAGUGGCUGUGCUCUAUAAUACUCUACUCAAUUCUUCUCAAAUUUCUUCCUAAUUUUCUAAUUUGCUAUUUCCUCACAGGAUGAGCAUUUCCGCACAACUCCACUAGAGCAGAGUGUUCCCGUGGUGAUGGGCAUGCUGGGUGUCUGGUACAACAACUUCUUUGGAGCCCAGAGCCACGCUCUGCUCCCCUAUGACCAGUACCUACACAGGUUCGCAGCCUACUUCCAGCAGGGAGAUAUGGAGUCAAAUGGGAAGUCAGUGUCACGACAAGGAGCUCGAGUCAGCUACUCCACUGGUCCUAUUGUGUGGGGAGAACCAGGAACCAAUGGCCAGCAUGCAUUCUAUCAGCUCAUCCACCAGGGUACAAAGGUCAUUCCGUGUGACUUCAUUGCACCAGUGGAAACCCAAAACCCUCUGGCCAAUGGCCUCCAUCAUGAAAUUCUGCUGGCCAAUUUCCUGGCCCAGACAGAGGCCCUGAUGAGAGGAAAGACGAGGGGAGAGGCGAAGGAGGAGCUCGUCAAAGCCGGAAUCAAGGGAGACCAACUCAACGCUCUCAUACCACACAAGAUCUUUGAGGGCAACAAGCCAACCAACUCUAUCAUGGUCCAGAAACUGACUCCGUUCAAUCUCGGUGCCCUGAUUGCUCUGUAUGAGCACAAGAUCUUCACCCAGGGUGUCAUCUGGGACAUCAACUCCUAUGACCAGUGGGGCGUUGAGCUGGGGAAGCAACUGGCGAAGAUAAUCCAACCUGAGUUGCACGGAGACAAACCGGCCAGCGGCCACGACAGCAGUACCAACGGUCUCGUCAACUACAUCAAGACUCACCGGAAAUAGAGCCGACCGCAGCCCCUCUACCUCUCUCUCUCCUCAACCAACCUCUGCGGCAUUACUUGGACCACAUUAUGUGUAGCUAUAGAGUAUAGUGUAUGAACGAUAGGACAGUAUUCACAAUUGAUUGCCUCCAAUUACUAGAGCCAUACAUAAUCUAUGCUAGAUUAUUAUUAUGUAUGCAUGUGUAUAGUGUAGAAUGACCAAGUUCACAAUUGACCAGA